AUGAACAAUAAUAUUGUUAUAACUAUUAAUACUACUUAUAAUACUACUUAUAAUUAUGAUAUCAUUCAUAAUCAAUCUAUUAUAUAUAAUACAUUAAAUAAUACAUAUAAUUAUUUAUUACAUAUAGAAAAACGUUAUUGGUGUUUAUGUUUAAUGAUAUUUUCAAUUGCUACAUUAUUUGGUAAUUCAUUAGUUGUAUUAAGUGUAAUACGUGAACGUUCAUUAAGAAAUGCAACAAAUUGGUUUAUAGUUAGUUUAGCAAUUGCUGAUAUUAGUUUAGCAAUAUUAGUUAUGCCAUUAGCUACAUGGUUAGAAGUAAGUCUAAUUAUAUUCCUUUUUUAA